GACCUGGACUUUGUUAAAAAACCACACGUCUUUAAAUGAUCGCACGUGAAGCGGUGGCUUGUUGAGAAGGCUAAUGAUCUCUGUGAAGUCAUUGACAGAACAGUGAUGUUGAGAGACAGACAUUCUUAUUACUUAUAAGAAAAUAAAAUUUUGAAACUUGGAAAAUGGCUAGUUACUCUCGAUUUACGAAAAAUUGCUAGAUUGAAAAUAUGUACAGAUUUAUAACGAUAAUAGAGAGCCGUUACAACCUUGCUUCUCUUACAUCCUGCUACUACGAAAAGCUUCUCUUUGACACAGUUGAUAUGGAAAAGCCUGAUACAAGUAUGGAAGAGGAAGCCACAGUACUUGGGAACCAUUUUCGAACAUUAACACUGGCUGAACAGGCGAAGCUUCGUAUGCAGGAUUCACGUGGUCUUUUGUCUCAGUUCCAUCAAGAUAAAUUAGAAAAAGAAGCUGCAAAAAAUUGGGACAAGUUUUACAAGAGAAAUGAAACCAGGUUCUUCAAAGAUCGUCAUUGGACAACAAGAGAAUUUCAAGAAAUUGCUGGUGAUGGCUUAGGCAAAAGAACCCUUUUAGAGGUUGGCUGUGGUGUUGGAAAUUUUCUUUAUCCUUUGAUAGAGGACCAGCUGAAUUUGUUUGUGUAUGCGUGUGACUUCUCUGCACGUGCUGUUGAGUUUGUUAAAGAACAUCCUUUGUAUUGUGAAGAUAAAGUGAAAGCUUUUGUUUCUGAUAUUACAAAGGAUGAUCUACUUUCUCAGGUUGGAGAAGCUGUGGAUAUUGUAAGCAUGAUAUUUGUCCUCUCAGCCAUACAUCCUAGCAAGUUUAAUGAUACUAUUCAAAAUAUUUAUAGAUGUUUGGUGCCUGGUGGUAUAGUGUUGGUACGGGAUUAUGGUAUAUAUGACAUGGCUAUGUUAAGGUUUGGACCUGGGAGCAAAUUGGCUGAUAGAUUAUAUGUUCGUCAAGAUGGUACUAGGUCUUAUUAUUUUACUGAGGGAGAACUCAGAGAGCUCUUUGAAAGUGCAGGAUUUGAAGUGGCAAGUAAUUCCUAUGUGACGCGUCAGACUGUCAACAAAAAGGAAGGAAUCGAUGCACAAAGAAUAUUUAUCCAAGCCAAGUUUGUCAAACCCAGUUGAUGUAAGAUGAAUCCAUAGAAAUUCAUUUUUCCUUAGGGACAAAUAUACUGAAAACAAAUGUAAGCUCAAAAUAUUUAGGUUUUUACUUUUAUUCCCAAUCUUUGGUGUUGUCAAGCAUUAAACAAUAUUAUUUGUUUCUUUUUCAUGUGAUGGUGUUGCUAGGCAAAACUGUCAGUAACUUAAACUUUGCCACCAGGAUUGUACUUGUGAACAAUCCUUGGCCCUAGUAAAAAUGGCUUUGGCACAGAAGAAUUUUUGACAGAACAUAUGUAGAGUCUCUUGAAAUUAUCCUACUGCAAGUCACAUCUGAUUUUUUGUCCUGAUCAUAGAUAGUAAAUAUCAUUGUAAAAAUGAUAACUGUAUUAUUCAUUAGUAUUUUAUAGAAUAUUAUUAUUGUGAUAAGUUUUAAAGUGGUCAUGGUUAAUUGAAUCUAGUUAAUGCUAAUAAUGGGUGAAUUCUUAGUCAAUAUAGAUUUAAUGUAUAAACAUACUUUUGAGGCAGGACGACUUACAGGCUUUUAGGCAUUCCUUGCAUCUGAUGAAAAUUGUACAAACCUUCACACAUUAAAAGGUCAAUAUUCUUCCAUUUUUGUAGUAGUUAUGCAUCCUACUGUUUUAUUUUAAUUCUCUAAAGAAAGAUACAGUAACACCCCAAUUUAUCAGAAUUCUGUGUUUAUCAGCCACAUUAUUAUGAGAGUUUUGGCUUGGUAACGUUUUUAGAUGUGAUGCAUUUUCAAAUGAUUUCUCAAGAGAAAAUUUUAAGAGUAAAAUAGUUUAAUUUAGGCUAUGAGUUAUGUGGAAUAACUGUUAACGUUGGGAUUCCUUGGAAAUAUUCAAGUGUAUUUCAUGUUUUAGGGUUCUUGUUACUCAAGUGGAUUUUGUUACUUAUCAGAUAACCAGAUCUCCAAAAUAUAAGUUAGGUGUUACUGUACCAUGUUUUAAGAAACUUGUAAUUGUG